AUGGCUAGACCCAAGUCUGACAUGAUGGACCAACGAAACGCGCCGCUCAGGAGUCAUCCACCGGACAAGCCCCCAACUCAAGAUAACACUGAGGGGGACGGUGUGCAUUCCGUUAUUCUUCCACCGCGUGGAGCUGUGCUUCAAAGCGAGCAACGUGACCGAUCUCUCAGUCCUUUCAAGCGACGUGACCAUUCGGAGCUGCCUCCCAUUCAGACGAGUAGGCUGGAAAAGUUCAUUCCAAAGUCCUCGACUGACCCGUUGGGUACUUCGGACGCGGAUAUCAGCAGAGAGCGGACUUUGCUGUCCAAACUGGUUGACAGAAGUCUAUUUCAUUCGAACAAACACGCCAUUCCCGGGGAGGAACAUCAGGAUAACAGUAAUACCCGGCAUGAUGAGUCCCUGAAUGAGAAAGAUGAGGAGACAUAUCGAAAGUUUCGUGAAAGCCUGAGCAGCCUGGAUGAUUCUUCCAGCGAGCAGGAAGACCAAGGUGAACAGUGCGACAGUUUGAUAGCCGAGAAGAAAGACCAAGUUAGACUGUUUCGUUCCAGUCUGCUUGCUGGUGCCAAGGCGCAGGAAGAUCGACGCGGCCGUUCCAGGCGCACUCUGACCCCUCCAGACCAUCCUCAAAUUGGUCCCAACGUGGCUUCCGAAUCCGAAACGUACGCUUCCACAGGCAGCGAAACCAAAGACUACGUCCUUGGGGUUCAAGAAAAUGACGACUUUUCUCUUCCCGAGACGUUGAAGCCCUUGGCCUCUUUCCAGGAAGAAAGCGAAGAAUCUCUGAAUUGCCUCAUGGAAGAGCUGGAGGCUGAAGACGGAAAGGAGCCUGAUAUGGACGAAACCACGAUCCGGGGCGGGGAAAUUUGCCCAAUCCCUGCUGAUAUGCUGGACACUAAGAUCGACGAGGGCCUCAGUGACGCAGAGGUGGCGGUUCGGCACAAGAAGUAUGGCUGGAAUCGUAUGAAGCAACAGAAAAGAAACCACUUCCUCAAAUUUAUUGCCUUUUUCAAUGGCCCGGUCCAGUGGGUCAUGGAGAUUGCCAUCUUGCUAGCCGGCGGUUUGGAAGAUUGGAUAGAUUUCGGAAUAAUCUGUGCUCUGCUACUAUUGAACGCCGUGGUCGGAUUUGCCCAGGAGUACCAGGCGGGCAACAUUGUCGAGAGCCUCAAGGAAACUCUUGCCCUGAGAGCUCUGGUUGUUCGCAACGGUAUCAUCGUCGAUAUCAGUGCUGAAGAAGUCGUGAUUGGGGAUAUCAUUCAUGUGCAAGAUGGCACAAUCAUUGCGGCAGACGGUAGACUGAUAGGUGACAAAACCUAUAUUCAGGUGGAUCAGUCUGGAAUAACGGGGGAAUCUCUCGCUGUGGAUAAGCAUAAUGGUGAUCCUCUCUUUGCUUCAUCAGCUGUUAAACGCGGGACUGGGGUCAUGGUUGCAACUGCCAUUGGUGAUCAUACCUUUGUCGGAAAUGCAGCGGUCCUGGUUAACAAGGCUGGCAAUACCAAUGGCCACUUCACUCGCGUCCUGGGCGAAAUGGCCCGUGUUCUUCUGAUUCUGGUGGUUUUCACCCUCCUUGUUGUCUGGAUCAGCAGUUAUUAUCGCUCAAACCCGAUUGUCCAGAUACUCGAGUUCACGCUUGCAAUCACCGUCGUCGGAGUCCCCGUCGGUCUUCCGGUUGUUGUCACCACAACCAUGGCUGUUGGUGCAUUUUAUCUGGCAAAACAACAGGCCAUCGUGCAAAAUCUCUCAGCUAUUGAGUCGUUGGCUGGAGUGCAGAUCCUCUGUUCGGACAAAACUGGAACACUUACGCGUAACAGGCUGACAUUGGGAGACCCAUACAUAGCCGCUGGAAUGAGCGCAGAAGACCUUAUGUUGACUGCCUGCCUUGCGGCCACUCGAAAAAAGGGCGGGAUCGAUGCUAUCGACAAGGUGUUCCUCAAGGGUCUCCGCCAAUACCCAUGGGCCAAAUCUCAGAUUGUCACGUACAAGACUCUUGAGUUCGUUCCCUUUGAUCCGGUGUCAAAGAAAGUGACUGCAUAUGUGCAAGCCCUGGAUGGUGAGAAGGUCAUCUGUGUGAAGGGUGCUCCUAUGACUAUCCUGAGAACAGUGGAGAAGGAAACCACUCUGUGCAAUCAAUUUUUCGCGGAAUACGAGGCAAAGGUCACCGAGUUUGCCAACCGAGGAUUCCGUGCACUGGGAGUUGCUCGAAAGCGCCAAGGACGUCCCUGGGAGAUUCUGGGAAUCAUGCCAUGCUUGGAUCCCCCUCGCCACGACACUGCUAAGACGGUUUCCGAGGCCCAAGGACUGGGACUCUCUAUCAAGAUGCUCACUGGAGAUGCGGUGGCCAUUGCACGCGAAACAGCGCGUAGACUCGGUCUCGGAACCAAUAUCUACAACGCUGAACGACUUGGUGUCACUGGCGCCGGCUCUAUGUGUGGCUCGGAGGUGAAUGACUUUGUUGAGGCCGCUGAUGGCUUUGCGGAAGUGUACCCCCAGCAUAAAUAUAGUGUGGUAGAGAUUCUCCAGCGCCGCGGCUAUCUGGUGGCAAUGACCGGCGACGGUGUGAACGACGCUGCUUCUCUGAAGAAGGCAAACACGGGUAUUGCGGUGGAAGGCGCAUCUGAUGCGGCCCGCUCUGCUGCUGAUAUUGUCUUCUUGGCACCUGGCCUGUCCGCCAUCAUCGAGGCGAUCAAGAUCGCUCGCCAGAUUUUCCACCGCAUGUACUCAUACGUCGUGUUCCGAAUUGCCCUGUCCAUUCACCUGGAACUCUUCCUCGGACUCUGGAUAGCGAUCAAGAAUGAGACUCUCGACCUCCGCCUGGUUGUUCUCCUCGCCAUCUUUGCUGACGUUGCGACCUUGGCCAUUGCUUACGACAAUGCUUCAUAUUCUCAGUCCCCCGUCAAAUGGAACCAGCCAAGACUCUGGGGAGAAUCAAUUGCCCUAGGGUUCAUUCUCGCAGCCGGCACCUGGGUGACGUUGGGCACCAUCCUGUUGCAAGGCGAGGAUGGAGGUGUGAUCGAAGGCUGGGGCUCACGAGAUGAGGUCUUAUUCCUUGAGAUUGCUCUGACCCAGAGCUGGCUGAUUCUGAUAACUCGCGUCAAUGGAUCUGAAUCUGGAUCGUUCUGGGCCAACUGCCCAUCGCUUUACCUUAUCGCUGCGGUGCUUUCUGUCAACCUGACUGCAACCUUGAUGGCUGCAUAUGGUGCCUUUGGCCAAGCCACAUCCUGGUUGACUGUCCUCCGCGUGUGGAUUCUCUCCUUUGGGGUGACAUGUGUGAACGCAUUGGCUUACGUCGUGAUGCAUAACUCGCAAAGGUUCGACAACCUUAUGCACGGCAAAGGUCCUCGUAAGAAAGACAGAGAGCGCUCCUGCGAAGACUUCGGUCUUGACAUGCAGCGAAUGGCCAAGCAGCAUGAGAAGCACGAGAAGUGCAGCUAA